AUGGAGCCCGAAACGUGUGAAGCCGCGGCAGCUGGGUCAGAGUCGCCACCACAGGCGCAUACAAUCCGCGACCCCAUCGACCUUCGGCAGCAGCUGGCGAACCCCUCGUCUAACAACGACUCAUACCGUCACAGUCUGCGGGCAGAGGAGCAGAACCGCGGCGUUUUGAGCUCGUUGCCGUCAUCGGCGAACGCAUCCGCCUCAACAUACGGGCCAGGGCAGGUGGACUUUGGCGUCUCAAAAGCACACACAGCAGCGUUUCAGCAGCCGCAGGGACGCGCUGAACACACCCUGAAAGGCAGCUCAAACCACGCCAACUCCAAGGUUCCGCCGCAGCGCAUGCAAGGCUCCACGCCACUGACCCCACCCCCGGCAACGCCUACGGUGAAGACGGUCAACUGCAUCUACACCCCGCUCCGCCUCGACUCGCAGCUCCUCGCAUCCCCAUGGUCAGGAUACGGGUGGCCAGCUGUGCAGGCGCCAUCACCCACGCGCGCGGGAGGGGCUUCGGCCGCAGUACCGCUAGCCUCAUACUGGAGCACCAACUUGAGCCCGAUGCCUUACCCACCGGGAUCGCCGACGGCCCACAACAGCGGCUGCCGUAUCAUUUCUCCCUCUAUACAAUCUCUUCGACUAAUGCCGCCACAUCAGCAGCAUGGCAAUGACGGCGCCUCGCCGGCGCAGCUGAGCUUUUCGAACUUAGGUCACGAGAACAGCUUCCUUGCAGCAUCCUCGUCCUUCGCCUCCCCUGCGAACCUUGGAGUCGUGCAUUCCACCAUCCUUGACGCACCGCUGCAAGUUUCGCUCAUGCCGCCGCCGUGCCGCGGAGACCGGUCGCUCUGCAGCUUCGGCAACUCUAUUAUGCAGUCCGCCCCCUUCACCCACACGCUAUGGACGUCGACCUCGCGUGGUCGCUCCAUCUAUCAUGAUGCAAUGAUGGAGCUGUCGCACCACAAGAGCGAGGUGGACAACCCGCUAGCCGCUGUGGUCGGCGGUGCUUCUUACGGUCACGACACGAACCCAAUCAGAGGCAGCGGUAUCACCACCUCGUUCGGGGAUGUGGCGGCCGCUAGCGGGCCAUCCAACGCGCAUCUGUGCAACUUCGCUGUUUCGGCCUCGAGCGAGGAUGUGUCUGUCAGCAACACAGAGAUACUGGUCGGCAUGGGGAACGUGGACUGGCGGCGUGUCGAGCGGCCUUCGCCGGGGAAUUCGUCUUUGGUGGAUCAGCUGACCGUACAGUUAGGCAUCCAGCGAACGGGAUCACUUGGCAGCCACACAAACACUCUCGACAAUGAUGGCGAAGAUAUCGAUUUCGGUGAGGAGGGAGAGGAAGGCAUGGAGAAGGCCCGGCAGAGCUUCAACAGGACACCCGAGGCAUUGGCCUCCACGGGGCGGGGCACGCAAGCUGCGGUCGCCGUUGCCACCGCAGCGGACCUGGGGGAGGCGACUUCGCAGACCUUUGGGGAGGCACACGUGCCGGCGCCGCUCGAACACACCGCGCGCCAUGAGGGGGCGAAGGGCAAGGAAGGUGGCCUCUCAUUCCCAGUGUCUACACUCGCUUACAGUGACGAUUCUAGCACGAUGGCUGCGGCUGCUUCGGUCACGGCGCUGUCCCGUGGCAGAGCGGGCGAGAUCGCGACUCCACUUGUGAACCUUCCCCUCCGCCCAAGUAUUGGGCCGACGUCUCCUGCAAGCGCUUGUGCUGUUGCAACGGCUGGCCAUGCCAUUCACGACCUCCAUCUCUUCACACCGUCGCCCGUCGACCAAGGCGUGCACGUGUUCGGCGCCACGCGCGGCAGCGCCACUCGCAACAGUCCCUCAGAACAGAGCACCUCCACCCUGAGCCUCCUCCCCGCUGUCGGGGUGUGGCAGGCCUCGCCGGCGAUCACGUCAGUGUGGCAGGCCUCGAAUUUCACGCCGACGACGGCGCCUAACACAGCGCACACACUGCGCGACCUACUAGAGAUGCUCCGCCUGCUUCAGAGCGACAUCGACAACGUAGGCAAUCAACUCUCCGUGUGCGAGCAGAUGGUGCGCCGUUGGAUCAGAAGCACACUGAGUAUGUUGCUGCUACUCACCACUGAGCUGACGCACAGCGUCGCCCUUGCGGUAAUGGAGGCGUCGGCGGGCGCGGCGGAUCAAGCGGCCACGUACACGCGACUUCAAGUAGACAUUACUGCUGCAGUCGCGUCGUGUGAUGACCCGCUGCGCGCGACCAUGGAUGCUUUAAAGCGAGAGCAAGAGAACCUGGAGCCGGUGCUGCUAACGACCAUGCUGGCACGGGGUGCUAUCGCGUCGCUUCUACAAUUUUUGGAAAGGCCCUACGUGACUGCCAGGACGCAGAGCGGCACAACCACCGCUACAACAAGGAUGCCAAACGGCAUGUGCGCGCCGUCAAAACAGUGCGGCGGCCGGGGUGCCUAUGGCCCGGCCGCCCCGGCCGUGACGCCGCUCACGCCAGAGCGCAUCGAGGAUCUGAUGGACAGUAAAAUCCUGCGAGAAGAGCUAAACACCAACUGGCCGCAAUUCACGUCGACAUACAACCGCCAGGCUCUGCGCUACCUCUGUCUACGCGUGCUCAACGUCGCUCUGAGCCGGGACGGCUACAGUGCCGGUGACGUCGCUACAGAGCAGCAGGGCUGCCGCACCACCACCGGAGCAGACGCACCUGCUACUUCGUCCACCGCUCUGGAGACGGCUGUGUCGGCGUGGGUGGAAGAGCAGGUGCUUCAGUGGACCGCGCAGCACCCCGCCAUCACCCUGCAGAACCGUCAUACAACCUCUACCAACUCCACGCUCGACGAUGCCGACGGGGCGGCCGUUCGCGAAGGUCUGUGCCGGGAGCUUCCGUCCUUCGAGCACAUUGCAGAGGUCUUCAGCGUCUUCCGCGACAGUGAGGGCUGGCGGUGGUGGUACAACCUUCUCGCCGACGCCAUGUCGUGCAACUUGCACGUGCGCGUUAACAGGCGCAUCUACGAUUACUUCGAGAAGCAGCUCAUGGACUCGCCGGCGGCGCCAGACGUGGCGGUGCGGACUGCGUUGUCGUGCCACGAGGUGACGGUGGAGGAGGUGGAAGCGGAACUUGAGAAGGUUGAGAGUAGGCUAUCCGCCAUGGAGGAAAGCGGCAAGACGCAGCGCGUCAACAUUCUUCAGCACAUUCUGCGCCGCAUCUUUGUUCUCAGCUUGGUCUCCUCGGUGCAGCGGACGCUUGGCAAGGACACGCCCGUAUUGGAGUCACAGCUUGCCACCUAUGUGCAGCUGCAGCGCAAGUCGCUGGAGGAUGUGGAGGCACAGCUGAGCGCGCAUCAUACAGAGUGCACUGCUCAUGCCAAACACAUCCGCACGUUUGUGUCGCUCUUCCCGGAUACUGCAAGUGCGGCACAGGCGCCAUCCCAGUCGAAACCGUGGGCACUCGGCAAGAGCGCUGCCAUAAGUGGCGUGCGCACGCACGCGAAUCAACCGCAACACGGCCUUUUCUCGCGCCCAUCACCAUAUCUCCAGGCAGAUGAUACGCUCCUCCAGUGGAACUGUCCGAACGUCGCGUCACUCGCGGUGCUUCUCACUCGUCCGCGGCCUGGCAGUGACGCUAUGGAGCGCAGCGAAGGCCUCCCUGCAGCGACGGCGGCGGACGCGAACAUGGAGGGCAGCGAAGAGGAUCGCACGCGUUCUGCAGCGGCAUUAGCUCGCGAUGUCGCAACGCGGUCGGUGGCGACAGUGCAGAGCCUCUGUGCGCUUCUGCAGUCUGGCGUGGACGUCGCGGGGUCGCACCCGGCGUACUGCGCCUCGCCAGCAAAGAUGGCUGCGCCGUCGACGCGGGCGCUUCGCCGCCUGCAAGCUUCCCUUUCUGAGGCCAAUCAUUGCAUUCAAGUGGCCAUAACCUCUCUGCGCAUUGUCGACUGA